AUGGCUCAAGAUCUUUGGAACACUGUUGAAUCCACCAUUGAACCUCUUAAGCAAGAAGAUGAUGAAGCUGUUGUGACAGAUUUCGUGGCUUUACAGGUUAUUCAAAAUUCUUCUGGGCCAGACACGGUUACUCAUGAGAUUGAGGAGAUUAAUUCUACAAAUAUUGCUCGGAAUACUUUGGCAGAAGAGUGUAACAUGCCCAACAAUAUUAACACAGAAAGAUCAUCCUUUCCUUGCAUUUCGUUCAAUGACAACAAAGAGAAACUUGGCAGGGAGGGACAACAAUGGCAUCCCAACGCAUUGAAAGAGAAGAUCACAGCUCAGGGCAAGACAGCUCUUCACAUUGCUGUUACUUCGGGACAUGAUGAUCUAGUGGAGAAGCUGGUAGAUAAAAUGUGGACAGAAAGCUUGGAAAUACAAGAUAAUGAUGGUUGGACAGCUCUAGCUGAGACAGCUUUUGCUGGUAACUGCCGGAUGGCAAAGUGCAUGCUUACAAAGAACAAGCACUUGGCCAGCAUUGGAGACGUAGAUGGACGUCUUCCGGUUGUUGUUGCUAUUGAAGGUGGUCAUAAAGAAUUGGCUUGCUAUCUCUAUUCUCUCACUCCGCCGGAAGAUCUAAAAGGCAUCAGCGGUGCUACACUUUGUACGAAGGCUAUAUAUACCCGGACGUUAGCUAUUGCUUUGGAUUUACUCGAGAAUGAUCGACAUUUGGCUCUUGCUCCAGACAAAGAGAAUGUCUCCCCUUUGUAUGCCUUGGCUUCUACACCUAACGCAUUCCCAAGUGAAAAUCAGCUUGUGUUUUGGAAACGAUGGAUCUACUCUAAUUUCCGUUAG